CCCAUCUCAUGUUCAUGUACUAAACAUUACAGCGUCUAAUGUACUAUCACAUUUUGUCUUUAUAAACCAAGCAAAAAAGGUAAACGGAACUGAACCGAAACCAAAGAAAACGUCCAUGGAAAACAUGAAUCAUGACCAUAUGCAUGGCAUGAUGAACAACCAAUCCGACGGCGGUAUGACGGCGGCGAUGCAACCCCAUAAGAUGAUGAUGCACAUGACCUUCUUCUGGGGCAGCGACGCCCAGAUUCUCUUCUCGGGUUGGCCCGGAACAAGCACCGCCAUGUACGUCUUGGCCCUCAUAGUCGUCUUCCUCCUUGCUUUCACCUCCGAGUUUGUCUCUCACUCUCGGUUGUUGAAACCCAGUUCCGAUAACCACGUGGCUUCCGGUCUGGUCCAGACUCUGCUGCACGCUUUCCGGGUCGGGCUUGCGUAUCUGGUGAUGUUGGCUAUCAUGUCUUUCAACGGCGGCGUUUUCCUGGCCGCCGUGGCUGGCCAUUUCGUGGGGUUUUUGCUAUUGGGCAGUGGGAUUUUCAAGAACUCCGCCGCUGUUCCCGCCAAAACAUCCGAUCAUCUUCCUCCUCCGCUGAGUUGUUGAAUUAUUAGGGUUCUUGCUGUUGAUGGGUUCGUUCCUAAAGUACCCUUACUGAAGUUUAUGGUUUUAGAUCUAUGCUUUGCUUCUUCAUACUUGUUUUUCAUUUGACAGAAAAAGAAAAAAAAUCCAUAGAUUGCUUAUUGCACUGGUUCCAAUCUUAAACGUGAGGCUGUGAUUUCAUGAUCCUAGCCAGCAGGUUGCAUGUCA